AUGAGGAACCGUAAAAUCUGUCACAGCCCUCAAGUAAGUGCUCUCUCAACCUUACUAGUCGGUGCUCAGCUGUAUCCAGCUUCAGGUUUGCCUCUUCUAACUCGGCUCGAAGACUUGUCUCAUGGUUCGUCCGAGGGAGAUGAAGUACACCCUCCACAUAUCGUUCCGCCAACAUUACCAAACCAUAAAGAUCCACACUUCAAUAUCGGAAAUAAUAGUUGCAAUAGUGCUGCAGGUACAGCAAAGCCUCGUGGUCGUCCUCGUGGGUCCAAAAAUAGACCCAAAGAAGACUCCAAAGGGGAAAAUAUGGGUAUGAGGCCAGUUACUCUCGAAGUGCCGUCUGGAGUUGAUAUAAUUAAUUGGGUGGCUAACUUUGCCAAAUCAAAUAAAGUAUGUAUUCCUGUUACUGCUGGAUUCGGCGAGGUUUUACUGGCAGUUCUUAGGAACGUAUUGUCUCAAGCUCCAGAUAGAGUAUAUAAAGAACAUCUUUCCGUGAUUAAUUUUUCAGGUACUUAUGUAUUCUCUCCUUUGGCACAAGCAACUCCAAGCUUUUUUACCCUUACAUUGGACAGGAUGAACGACGAAUUAUUUGGCGGGACAACAUUCAGGAUGAUCACCUUGGGCAAGGUUGUUUUGAGUGCAUAUGUUUUCCAAAAUCCUCACGUGUUUAUUGUUGAGGUGGCGGGGUUCCAUUGCAUCAUGUUAAGGUCAAACAAUUUACAGUAG